AUGAAAAAAAAUGAACUAAGGAACGAAAGCAUGUCGAUAUUCAUUAAUCUCAUAAAGACAACCAUUGGAUCUGGAAUUUUGAGAUAUCCGUUUCUGUUUAAGACGUAUGGUUUAUGGUACACAAUAGCUCUGACGCUGAUCUCUGCACUGGCAUCUCUGUUUGGGCUAUGGAUGUACAUCGACUUGAACGACUUCUAUGGAUUAGAUAACUCAAUGUCUACACUCGCUAGAUACAUAUAUCCGCCACUGCAGAAUAUUGUGAAUGUUACUGUGUCUGUAAAGUGUUUUCUUGUAUGCAUUGCAUAUCUUGUUUUACUCAAAAACAAUGUGCCUAGAACAGUAAGUGCAAUACUUGGGAUACAGGAUGAAUAUCCAAAUCUAUGUCUUUUUGUAAUAACCGUGUGUAUUUUCCCGUUUGUUAUUAUGCAUAGAAUAGACAAGCUGAGAUACACAUCUCUGUUUGGAUUGAUUGCUGUAAUGGCGCUUGUGGCUUCUUCAGUUGUCAUCUAUGCUAAAUCUAGUGAUGUAGUGAUGCAACAUACAGUUACCAGCAAUCACAAGCUGUUUGGCGAGCUUGGAAGCUUUGUCUUUGGAUUUACAUGUCAUCAAAAUAUUUUUUCUGUUCAGAACGAAAUGAAAGCAAGCAACAAAUCAAUGCUAAAGCUUACUACGUUUCUUGUACUAAGUACAGCGUCUCUUAUAUACAUAGUGUUUGGUGUUACAAGCUACCUAGCUUUUGGCGACAAAAUGAAGGAAAACUUUUUUGAGAAUCUUCCGAGUGGAAUACGAAACACUGUGGCUGUUUUCUAUUUCUUUGUAGUUAUGAUGUCGAUUCCACUGCAGAUGCAUCCAUGUAGAACGUAUUUUCUAAACUUGUUUGGAGCAAAGUAUUCUAUUGAAAAGAAGUAUGGACAUUUAAGGUUUGUUACUAGUUUGUUCAUAAUGGCUUUAGCAUUAGUAACUGCGAUGAGUGUGAACAAGAUGGAGAGGUUAUGCGAGAUUAUAGGUGGGUCGUUUUCAACAUUGAUGUGUUUUGGAUUUGCAUCAGUGUAUCAUUUCAUGGCUUUCAAGCACCGAAGGCUUGAAGUUAGGAAGAUCAUGGCGCUUUUUGUUCUUUUGUAUGGAAUGGCAGCGUUUGCCUCGCUCUUUGCUCGCCCAUGA